CCUUGCUGCCAUGGGGCGCCCGUCGCAGCUGCUCGUGCUCGCGCUGCUGCUCCUCUUCCCCGCCGCGCUGCUACGCGGCGGCGCUCGCCGCGGGCCAGGUGCUGGUUUACUUGUUGCAGCUCAAGAUGCUACAGAAGAUGAGGAAGCUGUGGAAGAUACUGUAGUUGAAGAUGAAGAUGAUGAAGCAGAAGUUGAAGAAGAUGAGCCUACAGACUUGACAGAAGAAAAAGAGGAAGAAGACUUGUCAGGUGAACCUAAAGCCUCACCUAGUGCUGAUACAACCAUCUUAUUUGUGAAAGGUGAAGACUUUCCAGCAAACAACAUCGUAAAAUUUCUGGUGGGCUUCACCAAUAAGGGCACAGAGGAUUUUAUUGUUGAGUCACUUGAUGCUUCUUUCCGUUACCCUCAAGACUACCAGUUUUAUAUCCAGAACUUCACAGCUCUCCCACUGAAUACAGUAGUUCCACCACAGAGACAAGCCACAUUUGAGUACUCCUUCAUCCCAGCUGAGCCAAUGGGUGGUCGUCCUUUUGGACUAGUUAUCAAUCUGAACUACAGAGAUGUAAACGGCAAUGUGUUCCAAGAUGCUGUCUUCAAUCAAACGGUUACAAUUAUUGAGAAAGAAGAUGGGCUGGAUGGAGAAACAAUCUUCAUGUACAUGUUCCUUGCUGGACUUGGUCUGCUUGUCAUUGUUGGCCUACAUCAAUUGUUAGAAUCCAGAAAGAGGAAGAGACCAGUACAGAAAGUAGAGAUGGGAACAUCAAAUCAGAAUGAUGUUGACAUGAGUUGGAUUCCUCAAGAAACUUUAAAUCAAAUCAUGCAAAGUAGAAGAGAUAAAGCUUCGCCAAGGCGGUUGCCCCGCAAGAGGGCACAGAAGAGAUCGGUGGGAUCUGAUGAGUAAAUGUUAAAUUGUGCAACAGUUCAACCUUUACUAAUCCUGCCUGUUUGGAUGUUUUGGAUUGGAGUAGUGCAGAGAGUCCAUGCCACCAUAAGGAAAAUACUGCUAUACAUUUGGACUGAACAGAUUAACUGAAUGGUGUUAAUAUUACUGAAAAUGCACUUCUUUUUUUUGUUAAUUGUUGGGGGAGGGGAGGUAGCCAUUAAGAUUUGUGCCUGUGUGUGUAAGCAGUUGGUCUUAACAAAAUCAUACUACCUGAAAUGUGCCUUUAGAGUUCUUUGUAAUACUUCUCAUGUGUGUGCUGUCUCUGAGGGAUUUUCCCCUCCUGUUUACCCCAGUCUGAAUGUGUAGUGACUUCAUCUGUCUUGAUUGUAUACUGCCUGUAUGCAUCUUUCUCUGCAGAGGUUUCUCUGCAGCACACAUACUGAAGCUGAUGUGUGCAGCCCUACUUCAGUGCUAAAACACUGAUUAUCUAGAUUUCUGUAUAAUGAGCAUUCUAAAGGCACAAUUGGGUAUAGCUGCUUGUAGCAGUAGACAUAUUGCUGCUGUUUUGAUCUGGGCAUGCAGUGAGCUCAAUCUGAAUUUAUCUCCAUAAAUGUUAGGAGGACUCUUAUACAGCAGCAGAACUUGUGAAGCAUGGAUUUUUUGUGCUGAAUUGGUAUUACUACAUAAAUUUUUUUUACCCAACUUGUUAAUUGACUAGUUAUUCAGUCAUGCCAGCAGCUUAGGUAUUCUGACUGUAGUGGUAUUUGGAAUGUAUGCUCAAAAAUUACUGAAUAUGCUACAACCAACUUCAGUAAGUUCUUGGUUCUCAAACUAGAAUGUCAUCUGUAUCAAGACAUAUGGACUUUUCUUACAAAGCUUUGCAUGGGGAAGGACUUUAGAUUUACUGCGCACAAUUGAAACAUUUUGAAAAGGUUUUGCUUCAAGUAAUCAAACUGGAAAGGGUGAAUAAGUAGUUUCUUGGUCAUUUUUUUACCUCAGACUUGUAUCAGUCCAAGUUGAGCUUUUGUCAUCCUGUCUUUCCUGUUAGUAACACAGAUACAAUUUUGUUACUAAAUGUGUGCUCAGCACUAAGCAGAAAAAUUAUACAUAAUCCAAAUGGGCUUCUCUGGUGGCAGGCACUGCAUAUAUGAUUACCAGGAUCUGAGGUGGUGUUCUUACCCCUUUGAAUUUAGGGGGGUAACUUUGAUAGUAAAAGRAACAGAUUUUGCCAAGACCCAAUUUGCUGUCAUUCAGGCACUUGAACAAAACUGAAGUGUUUACAUUACAUAUGCACGUUCUCCCAUGUCUAAAGGUUUGGGACCUAUCUUAAGGCUUCUUCAGUUUAGAAAACUCACUGAUUUGAGACUUCUGUCUUUUUUUCUUCCCCUUCCUGAUCUCCUCUGUGUAAAAGUGCUCUUUUUGAUCUAUACUUGUUCUGCAGGGACUGAGCAUCUGAGCCAAUGAGAGUUGAGCAAUACCUGCAACUCAUGUCCCCAUACUGUGUUUGAAGCAGUGUCUAAGGUCUGAAGCUACCUGUACUGCCACUCUUACUGUACAGAUCCCCAUGAAGAAAAUGUAAAGACAUUUCAUCACUUGUGAUGGAAUAUAAGAAUGGGAAGAGCAACCUCAGUGAUGCUCUGUUUAAUGCGCUGAUAACAUAGCUCAGGCAGAACAGUAUAGUUGCAUCCAGAUUGUUGGAUCAUCAUAUAUAGGACUUGGCAAACUAUUGGAUGAUAGUUUCAGUACAGGUGACUAGCAAACUUCAUGCGACAGCUUUGCCUCAAAUGAUGUGAUCUGGCUCUGUGGUAGAUUUGUUGUUCUAACUUGCAUUAAUUCACUAAAAUGUAUUAAGUUGUGCUGCACUAAAGUAUACCUGUUGUUGUGGUGAAUAUCUAAAGUAGAGAGACAUCUGCCCUUUCUGGGCAAAUUAUGUAGCCUGCCCAAAAUAAGGUGUUGAAACCUCUUCAUACCUGAAAUCAGGAGACUUGGAAAAGUGUUCUUCCUUCAGGUGGUGAUAAUGAAAGCUUCUCUAGAUUCAAUGGUACCCUACAAAAAAGGCAAAGUAUUACUACAAAGUAGUAGUCUAGAAUAUCUUGAAAUAUCCACUUUAAUUCCCUCAAAUAUAUGAAAGUUUAGUUCAUAGUGAUUUUUAGCUUCUGGAGCAAGUUGGUCUUUUAAAAGAUGCUGACUACAAACUCCAGUGAAGAAUUUGAAUGUAAGACUGAAGCACUGUGCAAGACUGAAGCACUGUGCAAAUAAGAAUUAGAAAUAACAAUAUUUUGAAGGUACUGGCUUGCUUUUCCUUUCCACCCAGUAGUUAAGAUCUGAUUACUCAAGCCCUAAGUGUGAAGGAAGAGAGGAGACAGUUUGGCAGAUUUGUGUAGGUAUUAGUAAUUCAAAAGUACAGUAGUAACAAGUUGUCUUUCAGGUCCUACAACUUUACAUAAUGUACAUUGAAUGGUUAAUAGGAACUUUCUUAGCGAGAAUUUGUUAGUUCAUAGGAACUCUUGACCAUCAGUCCAGUGCUUCUCAGGAUAAAUGAAGUAAUGGUUUUAAAUUCCUUACUUCAUCUUACUCUGCUUUGGCUGGAAAUCAGCGAUAACACUAGUGUGUAGUAGCCAUUGAACUUUAGCAUCUCUUCCAUUCUCUUUACUUUCUAAGCCAGUUCACUACAUCUGGAUUUUUCAAGUGGGGAAAACAUGGCUAUUUUAUGCUGUAGGUUACGUAACAUUCACUUCAAUAUUUGGAUUUUUACAUGUUUUUAAGGACUGCCUAUACAGGUGGUUUAGAAUCAGAGAUAUUUAUUGGCUGUCAUUAUUGAGUAGUUUGUAGUUUCAUUCACCUAAAGAUGGAACAAGUUAGCAAUCCUGCCUGUUGCUGCUGUUAGUUUUUUCCCCCCCGUGAGAGUACAAGCAUUUCUGUAAUCUAGGACUCUUACCAGCCUGUUUUUCUGCUAGUUUACCAAGCAGCACCUCGUAGGAAAUUGCAAGAGGAGGAGCCAGGGCUCAAAUGUUGCUAGAGUUUCUGCUGUUUUGCUGUAAGGGCUGCUAAGGAAGGGUGUUAAGCUGUCARUGAAACUGUCACCUUAGUGGAAGAACUGCUAAGAGCUUCCUUGUUGCUCUUAAAAAUGCUACCAAAGUUAUGUAGGACUGAGGAGGCUGUAUUGAAGUGGGAUGAUACCUUUGUAAAUUUAUCUACAGUGGUAGUAAAGCAUUAAUUUAGCUAUACUUGAAGCAUGUUUGAUCUUUGUAGUCUAAAGAAUAGGGGGCCAUCUGACAAUUUGUUUUCUCACUAUCACUUAGUCUGAAAACAUAGUUAUUGUCAAACGAAAGGAGGAGGCCUCGUCAUGAUUCUUCAUGUGCAUAAUAGGUGAAGUGUAGGCCACAGAAUUGUGUGGUUCAGAAAAGCCAUGGCAGUACUUAGAGUUGCUUCAAAACAGUUGUGCAGAACUUCAUUCUCAUCUUGGAAACCAUCUACAUCACGAUUCACUGUUUUURUUCCU